CAUAAAAAACCUGAAAAAUAUGCUUUCUGAGAGAAUAAUGAGCGAUUGAGCGUUGCUUCAGUGCUUGUUUGUUUUUGUAUCCUUCCAUUCAUAGCAAGGCAAUUUCUUGCCGCCAAGGGAGACAUCGGUACGAAAAGAUAUAUAAUACAAUAACAAUAACAAGGUACACUUUAUCAAGAUUAUUUUAUUAAUUUAGAUCUCGAUUCAAUGGCAAUUUUUGAGAGUACCCAAAUCGUCGUUCAACUACUAGAAAGUGGUUUUUAUCUUUCUGUAUCAUUUUGAAUGUAGCUGCAAAGCAUUUUUGGUUUUCUAAAGACGAGAGGAAGGCAUUUCACAUCUGCCACUUAUGCCGGGAUAAAUUGCCGGCCUUUCAUCACUUUUCCUGUCAAGUUAAGCGGCUUUAUUCUAUGGUUCCUUUACCGACAAAAAUUGAAAUGGAGCAUAUUUCGAAUGUAAAUGAUACAUACUUUGUUGAGAAUGAACCUCUGAGUAUCAAACCUGAAGUGGUCAGUUCCGAAAGUGAUACUGAUAAUGAGACCGAUCAACCGGUCAACGAAGGUAGUCCGGCUGAUGAGACUCUGUACGGCCGUCCACCUCUAGCUUCAAUCACCGAUGAAGACAUUCGCUUACUCUGCGACAUGAAAUGUCCCUUUUGCUCGGAACAGUUUGAAAAAUAUGACCUACUCAAAACUCACUGCCGCCAAGUCCACAAUGAGAAAGGAUACGCAAUCUGCUGCUCUAGUAAACUUCAUACGUUCAAAAGACUCAAGGAGCAUAUCCUCGUGCACAUUGACCCUACUGCUUUUCGCUGUAACAUUUGUGAUAAAAACUUGACAUCAAUGAAAAAUCUAAUUCGCCAUCACAACGCACUACAUCCAGCUGGGGGCGACAAAACGUACGACUGUGAAGUGUGUUCUAAAAAGUUCACCGCACUGUACAUGCUAAACGAUCACGUAAAGUUUGAGCAUCUGCGAGACCAAAAAUUUGGGUGUCCUCACUGUUCAAAACGAUUCAUCAGCUCCAAGAGACUUUCCGAUCACGUUCGAGUCAUACAUGAAAAGGUGACCGGAAUGACCUGUGACAUAUGUUCGAAAGUGUUCAUGGGAAAAUGCAAUCUUGAUAGGCACCGGUCUACACAUUCGACCGUCCGGGUCAAUUGUCCAAUUUGCCAGCAAUCGCUGAAGAACGAAUGGACCUUGCAAAAGCAUCUGCAACGACACCGUGAGGCGACAAUGGAUCUCAAGUGUGAGUUCUGCGACAAACGGUCGCCGAGUCUACACGCCCUAAGGCAGCACAUCCAGACGGCUCACAUCCAGGAACGAAACCAUCGGUGCACGACUUGCGGCAAAACAUUCAAGCGAUCGACCACGUUGAAGGCGCACAUGUUGAUUCACACGAACGAGUUGCCAAUUGCUUGCGAUUUGUGUGAAAAACGAUGCCGAACAGCGAGCCUUCUGCACGGGCACCGAAAGAAGUACCAUCCGGAAGUGUUUGAAAAGCGACAGCAGCAAAAGUCGAUGGCUACGACGAUUAAUUUGGAGUAGAAAUAUACAAUGUUUGACCUUAACAAAAAAAAUCCUAAGAUUGUUGAUGGAGACG